AUGUCCACAUCACUAAAGCAGGAGAGAACUAUUUGUGUUCUGCUCCCCAACAAAGAACAGCUGGACAUCACUGUCGGGCUGAAGUCCACAGGCCAGGAUGUUCUGAAUCAUGUGGCAGAGCUUCUUGGAAUCAAAGAGCUUCACUUUUUUGGCCUGACAGUAGUUAAAGACAAUGAGCACAUAUUUUUAGACCUGGAGGAGAAGCUCAAUAAGUACUUUUCUAAGGAAUGGAACCAAGAUUUAGGAAAGGGAUUGCAAAAGAGAUCAUUGCCUCUGAUUCUGUGCCUUAAAGUGCAGUACUACAUAGAGAAUGGUAGACUUUUUUGUGAGCGAAAGGCACGGCAUCUUUACUACUCUGACUUGCGGGAGCGAGUGCUACGCUCUGAAUGUCGUCAGCAGGAGGAGGUCUACUUCCAGCUGGCGGGUUACGCCCUGCAGGCUGACCUUGGCGACCACCCAGUGCUGGAGGAAGGCGUAAAGCUUUCCCGUUAUUUUGAACCCAAGGAGUACUUUCCCCCAUGGAUUAUAGCUAAACGUGGAGUGAAAUAUCUCCACUGCCAUGGGCCAAAGGUACACCAGGAGCUGUGGGGCAUGUCUACUCGUGAUGCAAUGUUCCACUUCAUCAAAGAGGCAUGCCAAUUGGAGGAUGAUAAGAGGGAGGAGAGGGGAACGGCAUUGCUUGGUCUGACCCUGCGAGGAAUGCAAGUUUAUCAGGAGGUGAACAACAUACUUGAGCUAAUAUAUGACUUUCCCUGGUCAAAUGUAGGACGUCUUACCUUCCUGGGUAAGAAAUUCGAGAUCCAGCCAGAUGGCUUGCCAUCCGCCAGGAAGCUGGUUUACUACACUGGUUCAUCUUUCCGCUCUCGCCACCUCCUCUUGCACCUGAGCAACAGCCAUCAGCUCUACCUCAGCCUUCAACCUGUCCUCAAACACCUACACCAGCUGGAGGAGAGCAAAGAGAAGCAGCAUUACAGGGAGUCCUACAUCAGUGAUGAUCUGGAUUUAGAUCCACAAGGCAGUGAAGGCAGUCCCGGUCUCUCCCGACACUCUACUAGCAGCUCUGGAAUUGAGGCGGACGCUCGCCAACACAGCAUCUGCGCAGAGAUGGUCUCCAUGGGGGACGAAGGUCAUCAGCAAGCUGAGAAGUGUUUCAGCUCAGCAGCCAGCCGAGGCAGCUCCUGUACCUCAGGAUUUGAUACAAGCAGCAAAGCACGAAUAGAAGAUGAAGGGUGGCAAGAGGAAGAGAUCAAGACCAGGGUCCAAAGUCCAGAUGAGGUUCUUGUAGAUGAUCCUGAUGAGAUGUUCCAGCUGGCUGAUCUUCUGGAAGGAGUUUCAGUGGAUUGUGGAGAACUCUGUUCAAAGAAUCAUUCACCAGAAAACACAGGCUGUGCUCUACACAGUGACAAAGAUGCUGGGAAAUUGUAUAACAAGGAUAUGUUAAAAGAGGUUCUGAAAUCAAAAGCGCAAGUUUGUGUGGAUCGGCACAGCCACAGCCUAGAUGAUGUCCGCCUCGUCCCUCCUCCUGCACCCCUGGGGAUGGCAGUGCCACUUGAUUCUUCUCACAGCUACACCUUUGGACUGCCAGAUGCCUCAGCAAACACAAAGACCACGGUUGAUCACAGCUAUUACCCCUUCUUGCACUGCCAGCCUAAUCCCAUCUUCUAUGGCCGCAGGUCCACCAACUGCCUCUCCCUGGACAUGUUGGGCGAUGAACAGUUCAUGGAAUACAUAUUUUGA